GGAAGUGCGUCUCACAAUAUUUGCUCCGGGUCGAAUAGAUCAGGUUAGAGCAGCAGAGAGGGUGGGGUGUGGGUUCAGUAUGGUUUACUAAGCUACCGAGAGUGGUUUGAGAUUAAAACGAGUGUGAAAACAUGCUCAGCUAAGUUGAGGAGCCUGAGCAGGAGGUGGAAGAGACAGUAAACAGCGGCUUAUGGCGGGACUGUCGUACCUGGUGCUCCGCUUUUCGGGAUCCGCUGGUCGGACCUACGGCGUGUUUUCCAAAGGACUAACGAGGACGCUGUUGAUCUUUUUUGAUUUGGCGUGGCGUCUCCGCAUCCGGUUCCCUUAUCUUUACCUCAUCGCCUCUAUGAUGUUUAACGUGCGUUUACAGGUCCACAUUGAGAUACAUUAAUUUCCAUUCACUGAAAUGUUAACAUCUCUGGACCAGAAGGCUCCUAUGAUGAUGAUGAUGAUGAUGCUGCUUCGGAAGUUAGCCGAGGCCAGAGGAACCCCAGCACUGGAAGAACUAUGGACACACGUACAGAGGUGAAACUGAACACAUAACAUACCCACGCUGUUUCUCUGCAGGAGAGGGUGCAGAACCGGAUGUAGUCACUCCAGGAAAAAAACAAACUGGGAACCGUGUGGGAUUUUACAGCUGAGCAUCUCGCACAGCGGCUCACUCCUGACUGCCAUGGCUUUGGAAAUCUUUGGGGUGUGUUCCAUGCGAUAAGGUGAAUAUUGAAAAUUUCAGGGAGAUGUUACAACCAUGGCUCACUUGUAACUAUCACAAAAGUGACCAAUUUUGGUUUGGGGAAAUGUUUUUUUUUUUUUUUUUUUUAAGUCCACUACAGCUCUGAGAUGAGCUCACCUUCAUCCUAAAGGUUUUAUCGAUGUUACAAGAUGCACACAUCUCUCAUGCUUAGUUUGUAAAAGGUCAGGGGAGGUUUUUUGUUUUAUUUGGUGAUGUAGCACUUGACCGAUCUCGCACUUUUGCUGCAUGCCUCCUAACAUGCUGAUAACACAGUAAUGACGUUUUGUUCACCACUUAGUUUAUAAGGGGACUCUUACUGGACAUGGUUUUUCAAUGUGUAUAUAUAAAACGUAACAUCAGAUUUCUGGGUUGUUGUUAGGGUUUUUUUUUUUUUUUUUUUUCUUCCCCCCCACAACACACAUGGAAAUUUUUUAUUUAUUUAUUUUUAAAUUUGUUAAACAAAAUGUUCCGGUUUAUAUCCUGCGGCAGCCUAGAAUUUACAUUGAAAAACACAUUUACUUACAAUAAUCACCAAAGGAUAUCGGGACACUUUGGAAAAAUGAGUCAGGGGCGUCGUGGCUCAGGUGGAUAAGGCGCCAUACCAUAAAUCCGGGGACCCGGGUUCGAUUCCGGCCCGAGGUCAUUUCCCGAUCCCUCCCCGUCUCUCUCUGUCUGUCUCCCACUCAUUUCCUGUCUCUACACUGUCCUAUCCAAUAAUAAAGGUGAAAAAAGCCCAAAAAAAUAUCUUUUAAAAAAAAAAAAAGGAAAAAUGAGUCAAGUUGGGAUUUUGGGACAAAAACAUUUUCAAAAGGAUGAUUUUUAUUUGCGGUUGCAGAUGAUGAUUCAGGCAACAGGGUGGCAUGUAUAAAAACUUCAUUCACGGUCCCUCUUCAACCAGUUUUACCUCGUGUUGAUGAAAUGAUAGUUUGCAACAAGUAGUGCUCUAAACUUUAUUAAAUUUUUUUUUUUUUUUAAAUGUACGUUUUUAAAGAAUGCCACAGAAAAAUAAUCCCAUCAUUUUGUCUGAUGGACUCAUAAUAAUAAUAAUUUAUUAUUAUUGACUGUUUUUAUUUUCUGUAA